UUUUAUCUACUAUGUGACGUCAUCCUCGAAUGUAUCCCAAAAUGACGGUUUAAUUUGAUUCUGCGUCACAGACGAUAGUGAAGUCACUCUAUUUUAUACUUCUGAACAGCAGGUGCACACAUUCAUCACUGGUAAUCAGACUACACUAACAAGUUUGAGGUGUUUUGUAGUCGAUUGGUUGUCAUGGAACCGACCAGUCAUGCUGACUCUCCCUUUUUUGGCUAUUUAGAAAAUCCACAUAUGUUAGGCGUGCUUUAUAGCUUCGAAGGUUCAGUUAUAGCUGUUCAAUCUUCCGACGAGGACGCAAGAAAAAAAGAUGUCACUUCUGUCCAGUGAAAAAGGAGAUAGCUCCAACGAUGAUGAAUAUGUUGAAAGCUUUAUUUGUAAUGAGAAUGACGUUGGGGAAAAUGACAUGAAAGCCUUUGAUCUGGACGGUGGCAAAGUCCUGUUGGUUAAGCAGAAGGGCAAGUUGUCAGCGGUCGGAAAUCUCUGUUCCCACUUUGGUGCACCUUUGUCUUCGGGAGCAUUAGGCGAGGGCAGAGUACGCUGUCCGUGGCAUGGAGCGUGCUUCAACAUCGAAACGGGAGACAUCGAAGACUUCCCAGGUCAGGACUCGAUACCAUGCUUCAAGGUCUCCGUGGAGCAAGGGCGGGUAAAAGUACGAGCAAAACGUUCAGAGUUGCAGUCCGGUAAGCGCACCAAAGCAAUGAUAAACCAGCUCGAGGAGGACGAGCGCACGUUUGUGGUGAUAGGUGGAGGGCCGUCGGGUGCAAUCUGUGCGGAAACAUUGCGACAAGAAGGAUUUACGGGUCGUGUCGUCAUGAUCAACAAAGAACCAACCUUACCGUACGAUCGAAUAAUGGUUAGCAAAUUUUUGAAUUUUGAGCUGGACAAGAAACUGUUACGGAGUGAGCAAUUUUACGCGGAAAACAACAUCGAGACCAUAACGGGUACCGAAGUUGUCUCACUAGAUAGCACUAAUAACGAACUGUUGCUCAAUAACGGUAAUAGAAUCAAAUACGACAAAGUUUAUAUUGCUACGGGAUCGAAGGCGAGAAAGGCAUCUAUCGAGGGUGCUGAUUUAAUCAAUGUUUGCGUUUUACGAUCAAAUGAAGACGCUAAAUAUGUACAUAAUCAACUCAAUGCGGAUAAGGAAGUAGUGAUUCUUGGAGUGAGUUUCAUAGGACUCGAAGCCGCAGCAUAUUGUGUGGGCAAAGUGGCCAAAGUGACUGUGAUUGGCCGAAGCGCAGUGCCAUUAAUGGAUUCCUUUGGCGAACAAGUAGGCGAGAGAGUGAUGAAGUUAUUCAAAGAAAAGGGCGUUAAUUUUAUAAUGAACUCUGGUAUCAAACGUUGCAUUGGUGAUGAUAACCAAAAACUGACUUCCGUUGAAUUAAACGAUGGAACCGUUAUAAAAACCGAUAUCUGUAUUAUGGGUGUAGGCUCCAUUCCAUGUACUACACUUCUGAACGAGUCUGAGGUCAAUGUUAAUAAGAACGGGUCAGUGGACACGAAUCUUUUCCUAGAAACAAACGUUCAAGGAAUUUAUGCUGGAGGAGACAUUGCCAAUGCACCAGUCCUUUGUAACAAUAACGAGCGCGCUACAAUUGGUCACUAUGGUUUGGCCCAAUAUCAUGGUAGGAUAGCAGCCUUAAACAUGGUCGGGAAGACUACGGAACUUAGAACGGUGCCAUUCUUUUGGACUAUGCUGUUUGGAAAUGGCAUUCGAUAUGUUGGCUACGGAACACCGCACGAUAUCAUUAUUGAAGGCGAUCUCGAGCAACUGAAAUUCGUUGCCUUCUAUCUGGACGCCGAAAGAAAAGUAAUAGGAAUGGCAGAUUGUGGUCGCAGUCCGGUGGUGGCGCAGUUCGCAGAAUACUUAUCACAAGGAAAAGUACUCUAUGAAAAUCAACUUAAUCCGGAUCCAUUCGCUUGGACAAAGUGGAUCUAAAUACCAAUUUCGCCAUAUUGUAUUCCGGAAGCAGUAUUAAUAAUUGGCCAUGUUCUUUUGUUCUAUUUCAAAUUGGAUGUCAUUGCUUUGUUGAAUUCAAUAUCUAUUUAAUCGCUAUUUACCUUUAACGAAGUCUAAAUAAAUGUUAUUGACUUAUUCUGCGCAAUAAAACUAUGCAAUACAUAAGGGAUAGAAAGCAAAGAACUAACCUUUGAUGGUUCGAUAAGAAAAAAUGUCCUCCUAAUCCCAAACAUUCUUAACGUUUAGGUGAUCCAGCCGCUCUGAAAUCGUAACAUGG